AUGCACUUCACCGCCAUCAUCACCAGCGCCGUCGCGCUUCUCGCCUCAGCGACUUCAGCCCAACCAACAGCACGCCAGGCCCCUGUUGCAUACGCAAACGUCAUGGUUGUCAAUGCCAACGACCACAGCCAGCAGCCCGUUAGAAUUCCCCUCGCACAGCUCACAACCCUCAAGUACUCCGUCACUGAGCUGCGUCUCAUCAGCCUCAGCGUCAACGUUCCAGACAUUCCUUCCCCUGAUGUCAAGGACGUUGUUUGCCAGCGAUACCAAGACAAGUACGGUAUCCAGUUUGGCAGUACCGAGUUUACAGAGGGCAAGCCUGCGCUUAUUAGCACCAACCCUGUUGAUUUCGGCUGGGUUUUGUGCUACCACAAGAGAAGUGAUUAA